AUGUCGUCCUAUGGAGAAUACAAGACCAAGUGCCCGAGCCAGUCCUUUACCGCGGCGUCGUUGGCACAGUCCUUCCCCGAUAGCACCGAGGCGCCGUGGACUCUCCUCGAGGAGUGGGGACCGACCUCGCAGGGUCUUUCAGGGUUCACUGUACAAAUUCCAGGUCAGUCCUCGUUCUUCUUGUGUUGCUCCGUGCACUUUGAUGCCUUUUGCGACGAUCCCAUCCCGUGCUCCCCGUUCGGCCGCCGCCAUGGCUUCCAAGGCUACUGGGCUCGGGGGAAUGGGCCACGUGGGCAUAGGAAAUACAGCACAGAGCGGUGUCACGUCGGCAGCGUCAGCUGACACGCAAAAACCGCAUUUGCAUCCAUCGUGUCUUGCAGAAAUGGACAAGGUCAGUCGGGUUCUCGACUCGCCUUCAUCUCGGAAAGUCGGAGCUCCAGAACUGAGAUUUUCACCCCUUCUCCUGGACUUUCCUAGAUUGUCAUGGUUGUCGGGGGUGUCUAUGGGUGGCAAAACUUCAAUGCGACGCCGAUGCGAAUCAACGAGGCGAUCAACAUUGGCCAGGGCUGCGGCAACCAGACCUGCAUGGCUCACACUGGUGCCAUGGAAGCGUGUACGUUUCCUCGAGCUACGACUCAGUCUUCGUGACACUUGGAGCGGUUGGGUGAUUAGCUGUACUGAUUUCACUCAACUCGUGGAACCUUUUCCUAUCUGGGGACAUAGACCUCGAGGCCAAGGACCUGACCAACGACUGGGCCAUCGCUAAGCAGGCAGUCAACGCAUCCGGUCACCAAUGGUCGAUCACGGGCCACGCCUUCGGUGGCAUGGUCGGUUUGGUUGCUGCUUUGGGUCAGUCCGAAUUCACAUCGGCUCGGUUUGAUCAAACCAUGUAGUCAUGAGUCAUCGCGCCUAAUUCGAUUUCCCGUCAUCUGUGCCACCAGAUCUUGGCUACCGCGGCCUGUCACACUGGUCCCAUGCGCAAGGUACCCCUUGCGUGUUUAAUUCUGCCGCCGCCAAGUUGUACAACGCACUAUAUCAGGGUGAGGCCGGCCAACGCACGGUCUACGGCAACGAUGCGGUCGUGAAUUUCAUUCCCGAGUCGGAUAACUGCACCCACACUCUGCAAGGCUUCCACAUCUAUGGAACCAACUCGACCUACGGUCUGAACUACGACAUCUGCAAGUACGUGCAGCUUACUAGGCUCUACGAUACUCACCUGGCCUAUCUCUGAUCGCAUUCGCACAUCACGCGUGUCUUGCUUGCUCACAGCGAGACCGGCGACCCCAACUGCCUCGGCGGUAACGCUCCCGAAGAUAACUACUUCUACUACACUCCUGUCAGCACCACUCAUUUGGGGCACCGACCAAACAUCUGCCCGGGUCUAAUGCUGAUUCCAUUGACCGUGCUUGCGCUGUCGCCUUUCUCGAUCGCAGAUCGGAGAAUGCGGCAAUCCCAGCGUUGUAAACGUGACGCUUCAAGACGCCGUCGUUGCUGCCGAGGCUGCUGCCUACGCCAGGAAGCACCACAACACUAGCAUUGCUACUGCACCCGUUGGUGUGUCUACGACGACGAGCGAGCCACCCACGACCACGCCUAGUGACUCCACGACAAGCCCCACGACAAGCCCCACGACAAGCCCCACGAUAAGUCCCACGACAAGCCCCAACACCCCAGGCCCCUCGGGAACGACGCCGCCGCCUUCGACGGGCACCAGCAUCAACGCUUUCUCUACCGCAGCCAACAGCUCGAGUCGCUCGAGCAGUGCAUCCGGCAUGAACCUCAUGCCGAGCUUGAUGGGUUUGCUGUCCGUCGCUUUCGCGUUGCUCGCAUAA